CCAUCUGAACCUAAAACCACUUGAAAAAAACAUGAAAAUCAACAACCACCCCUAACAUACAAUCACCCUAGAAAAAAGUCAAAGCCCCAGAACAACAAAAAUGUCUUUCGAGCGGCAAACUUUUUGUGUGGUGCUUGCUGUUGUCUGUGGUCGGUAGAUUUAUUGUUGUUUUGUCUGCAGAUAAUAUUUGACCUCGUUUACUUGCAACUUCGGCGUCGUGUCUGAUAAAAAAAUAUAGAUAAACCCAUAUAUUUCAAUCGAGAGUGUGUGCAGUGUGUGGAGUUCAUAUAUCUCCAUCGGAUUUCGAACCCAGUGAAAUUUACGAGAACCACAAAACACAAAAAAACCAAAGAAAUGCGUGCCAUAAACGAGUGUGUUAGCCCAACUAAAUAAUCAAUUAAAUAACAUUCAAAUAAACUGAACUGUGAGAGCGUUUCUUCGAUUUCGUCUUAAAACAGCAGCAACAUGGCCGAAUUAAUCAGUCAGCCCACUAAAAUUAACAACAAUAAUUUUGGUGCCGGCGUCACAAUGCGAGAGAAAAAGGGAGGAGCCCUUCAGAAGCUCAAGAAGAGGCUAUCCCACAGCUUUGGCAGAUUAACAAUUUCCCGCGAAGACGGCGACGAGUCGACGCACCACCAUCACCACCACCAUCACCAUCGCGGUGGACAUGGCGGGCACCACAACCACGGUAACAAAGUUCCAUACAACGGCUACAAUUCGGAGGAAUACUUGGACCGACUCGAGCCGAAUGGCAAUAUACCCGCUGACAAGACAAAUUGCAGAUAUGGAGCACAAGAAUCUGCGAAAAAUGAUAAUAACAAACCACAAGACUGGCGCAGCACGGACAGCACCGACCAUCACGAUCGCGUCCAGAGGCAGCUUUCCGUGUCCUCCGAUAGCAAAUUGCUGGACGAGGACAUCCGCGAGGAGAUGAAGUACCAUUCGCAUGUGGUCAUGCGUCCCAAGAAGCCGCCCAGACCCAAGUCCGAGGUCUUUCUGAACAAGCAGGAAACGCAUCCGCGACGCAAACGGUUCAGUGCAUUUGGUGGCGACUCACCAUUUGGCAAGCAGGAGGCCUAUGUAAAACUCGAACCGCUGGGCGAAGGGUCCUAUGCGACGGUCUACAAAGGAUUUAGCAAAUUAACCUACCAGCGGGUGGCGCUAAAGGAGAUUCGGCUGCAGGAAGAGGAGGGAGCCCCGUUUACCGCCAUUCGCGAGGCAUCGCUGCUGAAAGAACUGAAACACAGCAACAUCGUCACGUUGCACGACAUUGUCCACACGCGUGAGACGCUGACCUUUGUCUUUGAAUAUGUGAAUACGGAUCUGUCGCAAUACAUGGAGAAGCACCCGGGCGGCCUGGACCAUCGCAACGUGCGCCUGUUCCUCUUCCAGCUGCUCCGUGGACUCUCCUACUGCCACAAGCGGCGUGUCCUCCAUCGGGACGUCAAGCCGCAGAACCUGCUCAUCAGCGACUGCGGCGAACUCAAGCUGGCCGACUUCGGACUGGCCAGGGCCAAGAGCGUGCCCAGCCACACCUACUCCCACGAGGUGGUCACGUUAUGGUACCGCCCUCCAGAUGUCCUGCUGGGCAGCACGGAGUACUCGACCUCGCUGGACAUGUGGGGCGUGGGCUGCAUCUUCGUGGAGAUGGUGACCGGGAUGCCGACGUUUCCGGGCAUACGUGAUACCUACGACCAGCUGGACAAGAUAUUUAAGUUGCUGGGCACGCCCACCGAGGAUACGUGGGCGGGAGUUACCCACUUUCCCGGCUACAAGCCGCACAAAUUGGGUUUCUAUCGACCGCGGAAACUGGGUCACAACUUCCCACGGCUGUACGACAUCAUCGAGGGCGAGACGAUAGCGAACGGCUUCCUGCAACUGAAUCCGGAGCAGCGUUUGGGCGCCGACGAUGCACUGCAGCAUCCGUACUUUGCGCAGUUGCCAAAGAAACUCUACGAAUUGCCAGACGAAACCUCAAUUUUCACCGUGGAAGGCGUGCAGCUUUAUACGGAGCCAAAUCGACAGAAUAAAUGAAAAUUAAAGCAAGUCCUCUCUGUGGAUGGCGUACGUUUCUACUGUUAGGAUCCCAGUCCUCAGCAAUCACCACCAAUCACCACCCAAUCACCCAAUCCUACUGGAUCCUGGACUUUCUAUCCAAUCUGUCAAUCAACCUACUAUAUAUCGCAUCAUCCAGCAAAAUCGACAGCCAUAUAUAAAAUGCAAGAGGAACUUCUCGCACGCGCAGAAGUUUUGUACUAUAAUUCUACGAUACUUGUUAGUUAUUAGUUUGAUUUCGCAGUGAGUUUAGCAGAAGACAUGGCGGCAUUUUAAUUUCAGUCAAAUUGCUUAAAGUUAGUUUAGAUUUCUUUCGCCAUCCUGAAGUCGCGCGUCGAAAAAAGGAUACUCAGUUUAGUCAAAGCGCAGACGUGUUUUUUUCUGUAUUCUUUUGUAAGCUAAACAAAUUUUAAAAUUAAUGCUAGCUUUUAGUGAGUGAAUUGCCUCUGUGGGUUACGCAAUAUUUUCGUUUGCAAUGAGUGAGAGAUAAUCAUCAUCAUGUCUGUAUUUCGUUUCCAUUCUUUUUUUUCGCUUUAGUUUGAGUCGAUUUGUUCAAUGCGAAUGUUCGGCUCUUGAGUGUUUAUUUAAAAUGCAAAUAAAAAAUUCGAUUGGUGACUGCUUUAAUAGAGUGCAAUUAAUAAAAAUUAAUGAAUGGGCGGGAAUGUGCGCCUAAAAAACAACCAUUAAUUAAUCAACCAAAAUGCGCUCAACAUAUGUACGAUUCUUUCCAAGCAAUUAUUAAUCUUAAAUUUUAUAUAUUUUCAAAUUUAAAUAUGCACAGCAGACAUUCAAAGCAGCAACAUUUAUACUUUAGCUCUUUUAAUUCGUUUGAUUGUAUGAUUUUGUAACUGCAUCCUUUGUCAUUAUGGUUUAAAUAAAUUCGCCGCGCUGUUUAAGUGAUAAUUUUAUUACUAUUAAAUGAAUUUAUGUAAAAAGCAAGUAAAACAAUCUUAAAAGAUAUGUAAAACAAAUAAAUUUAAAUCAUUUAUAUACCAUAUAAGUUUGCUUUUGUUUUCCUAUGUUUUUUAAUCAACUUUUUAGUUCUUUUCACAGAGAUUUGCUGGCGUGUGGAGUAAGAUGAUGGAAUUCCUAGGAACAUUUAGUGAAAAAUUAAUGAACGGGGGGAAGGCUGGCGGAUUAUAAAUCAUAACAUUUUCGAGGCAAACGUAAGCGAAUAGUUAAACAAUUAAACUAGCAAAGAACGCAAAUAGUAGAAUCAAAUUUUUAGCAAUCAACCAAAAGUAAAUUCGAGAUAAAAUAGCCAUCAUCUAAACACUAAAGUAACCUAACCAAGUAUUUUACAUAGAGUUCGUAGCUAAUCGAAUCGAAACCAAGCCCAAACCAUUUCCAUACUCUAAGAAACGUAUCGUAUUUUUGGCCAAAAACGAGAGGACGCCCGAAGUCGACGGGUUCCACUAAAAAAUAUUCAAGAGAAGUUCAAAGAAGAGCUAACAAAUGUGCAAAUUGAAAUCAAAGACACUUCACAUGGUUUUGAAACAAGUAAAUAAAUCAAAAACAAAAACAAAAACGAUUUGAGUAGAGCAAACUAAAGUGUAGAACAAAAUAUAUUAUGAAUAUCGUAUAAAUCUAUGAGAAGGACGCGAAAGCCAAUUUGAGUUGUAGGCAAUCAAAUUGCUAAGAUUCUCCAUGGAGACAUCAAUAGUUAAAACUUAAAUAACUCGAAAAACAACUCGAUUAGGGCCACGUUUUAAUAGCGUUCACACACUCAACCAGAUUAUAUUUUGUAGCAAAAGGUAAAAGUCAAAUUUAAGCAAAGGCAAAUCUAAAACCAAAUAUUUCAAAUGAAUAAACUUUUUCUGUGAUUUAUGAAAAAAGUAUGCAAAAAACAACACACACACACACUACAGUGCAGCAAGGUAAACACAAUACAAAGUAAACAAAAACUUAAUAAAGAUAAAGAAUUAGGCACUUUAGAGAAACCCACGUAGAAAAGCUGGGCAAGCAAAUAUUGUUUAGAAUUGUUUGCUACUGCUGCUGGCCAAGAUGAAAAAUACUAUGUUAAAUCGAAGCAAAAUUUUGCACACACUUGAAAUUUAGCAAAGAGGAUGUUUACGCAUUCUUUUAUUUUCGGUUUUCGGCGAAAUUUCGCUUUUCGCAAAACAAAAGGUAACGAAGCAUGGCAACGCACUUUUGCACUUUUCCCAUCCCGAAGGUUACGUCCAUAGUUUAUAAGCCAAUGAGCCAAUGGAACAAAUCGAAUCGAAUUGAACGAAAUUGACAAAGAUUUUCGUUUUCGUUAAAUGCUAGUUUUAUCAGAGAAACCGAAAUAAAGAGAUGAUUUUUCGAGACAUUUUCCAACCAAUUGAUUAUUUUGCACAACAUUCGAAAUGAGAUGAGAUGAGCAAAGCAAACAAAAGAUAAUGGCGAAAACUAAUCUAAAUCUAAUCUAAUAAUAACGUAAUCGAAACGAGUAAAUACUAAGAAUGUUUUUAGCGGAACGUAUUCUAUGUAGUAGCUAAGCGAAAGAUAAAACAAGAACAUUAUCUGAGAAGAAAAGCAGGAACGAUAUGAAACUUAAAUAUUUUUAAUGCAUUGAAUUCGUCGUAUAUAUAUUUAAUGUACCUUUGUUAAAAACAAAAUAAAUCUAUUAACACAAAUUACGAACUCUCGAUGCAGUUAGGCGAUAGUUUAGAUGGAGCAUGCAAAUUUUAUGUUUACCUCGUAAGCAUUUUUGUAUAGUUAAACGAAACGAAACAACCCCCAAAUAAAAAUAUGAAUAAAGAAUGAAAGUGGAGAGAUUUUGUAAAUAUUUGUAGUUGAUUUCUAAGUAGCGAAAGACGAAAAGAACAAUAUUUGGCAAGAGAAUGGCAAAGAAACGGAAAAAUAUUGAAUGUUUAUGAUUUAACAAGAAAUGGAUGGCAACUAAAUACAAUUUGAAUAAGUUCAACCUGUACAAUAAUUUAAUAUUAAAUAAAAAGCGGCCCAGGCCAAUGAAAAGUAAA